AUUUCUGUAAAAACAACAUCUCACCUUCUUUCUUCAGUCCAAGUGCUGGAGCACGUUUGAGUGACCAUGGAGUGCGUUUGCUGUCAUGUAGUUGAGCGUUAAUACGGCGUGAAAAGCAGCGGAGAGGAGCGGGGGGACUUUGAGCGAGGAGACGAGGAGCCUCGGUUCGGAGCCAUGGCUGCACGGGAGGAAGGAGAGCUUCUGCACGGUAAAACACGGCACCACGACGGCGCUGGAAGUGUAAACAGCUCGGAGGGCUUCAGGAACGGCUAUGUGAAGAGCUGCGUCACCCCCCUGAAACAGGACCAUCACAGGGGAUUUUUGUGGAGCGUGUGCAGGUUUUGCAACGAAGACAUUCUCAAUUCCAAACUGCUCAAGGUCUCUGCCCUGUACGUCGGCGCGUUUGUCGUGUUCGCCUUCUCUUUUCUCAUCUCUAGGAGCUUGCAAAGUGACUCGCUGUGGGAUUUGCGGACUUUUUUGUCGGGCUUCUCCCAGUCCAUCAGUCCUUUAUUCAGCAUAGGAUGUGCUUUCUUCUUCCUGACGUUCUACCUGCGGCGGAGGAAGAAGGAGAGCAGCAGAUGUUGGCUCCUGUCACUGCCAGCGUCGUGUUACCUCGGGGAUUUUUUGGUUUUGCGCUUUUUGCAAUGGGGAGAGGAGCAGCACCAGAUGCAAAUGGUGGGCAGGUUGUUAUUCGUGUUGGGAUGUGUGGGUCUGCUCACGCUCAUCCCGACGCUCAAACUCAAACACAGCGUCCUCAUUCUGGUCUUCGCCAGCGUUGUGUGGCUGGUGUCUUUCACAAGUUUGAGCGGUCUGCCCGCGCUGCUCCGGCCGCUCUUCGCCUGCUUCGCCGGGGUCUCCGGCUCCCUGCUGGGGCUCUGCUUCGACCGCUACUACCCGUCGAGGGAAGCGCCGAGUGGGAUUUCCAGCGCCGAGGAAAAGGUCCCGGUGAUCAGACCCAGGAGGAGGUCCAGCUGCGUGUCUCUGGGGGAGACGUCCACCAGCUAUUAUGGCAGUUGUAAAAUGCCUCGCAGACCUUCUCUGCCCUGCAUAUCCAGAGAACAGAUGAUCCUGUGGGACUGGGAUUUGAAGCACUGGUAUAAACCGCAGUAUCAGGGUGCAGUGAGCGGCAACGGUGUGGAUCUAUCGGUCAUCAACGAGGCCAGAAAUCUGGUGUCAGACCUGCUGAUGGACUCGUCUCUGUCUCCACACACCAUCUCAGCUCUGCGCAGCGUCUCCAGCCUCAUGGGGACGUUCUCGGGGUCGUGCCGCCCCAGAGUCAACCCUUUUACCCCUUUCCCGGGUUUCUAUUCCUGCGAUGAGGUGGAGGACUCCGUUGAGAGGAGCGACAGGAAACCUAUUAAGGGUUUGAGCAGCAGAAACAGCCUCCCAACACCUCAGCCCAGGCGGAGUUCCACCUCCUCGGUGUCCUCCGUGCUCCCUCCUCUGGACUCUGCCUCCUCACGCUGGGAACGUAACAAUGGCAAGAGACCCCACCCUGACCUCAACUUGACCAGCUCAGGUUUGUCCAAUGGGCCCAAUGCAAACUUGCUGACCAUUCCCAAGCAGAGGUCUUCUUCUGUUACCCUCACAUACCAUGCAGGGCCCCGGAGAGCAGGCACAUCUCCCAGCCUGAGCCCAGUCACCUCGCCAAGCCACAGUCCUCCUGUAGUCGGCACAGGUUCUUCAUCAUCGCUUGUUACUCGAUCGCCUGUGGAGUUCCCAGACACGGCUGACUUCCUGACAAAGCCGAGUGUCAAUUUGAACCUGCACAAGCCCUUGGGCUACACACUCAGCUCACCAGAUUUCCAGCAGGCCUUCCGUAGCCCGGCUUUACCUCUCUGCACGAGCUGUGGGCGUCAGAUGCUCAAGGGAGUUUCCAGCGGCGAUACAGGAGAAUCCCAUCAACCGUUUAGCAGCGAGGCUCAACGGAGACGCUCAGCAGGUGAAGGAGUGGAUUUCACAGGGGAGCCUCUGAUCAGGGAGGAGAGCGUGGAGGCAGACGUGUCUGGAGACGGGAAGCCAGACGUCGGAGGAAACCAGGGGUUGGCGGAUGAGGAGAAGGAGAAGAGCCCGAACACAGAGCAGCAGACUCAGGAAUCAGAGGCUGAGCAGGAGUUCAGGUUAGAUCCUAUGCUGGAGGACCACGAGGAUCUAAUGGAGAGGAUGAACACCUGGAACUUCCAAAUCUUUGACCUGGUGGACAAAACAGGAGGGAAGACUGGAAGAGUCCUGAGCUAUGUGACAUACACCCUUUUCCAGGAUAUGUGUCUGUUUGAAAUUUUCAAGAUCCCUGUGAAGGAAUUCAUGACAUACUUCUGUGCUCUGGAGAAUGGCUACAGAGACAUUCCCUAUCAUAACCGGGUCCAUGCUACUGAUGUGCUCCACGCUGUUUGGUACCUGACCACUCGACCAAUCCCUGGGUUCCAGCAGAUCCACAGUGAGCACGUGACAGGAAGUGACACAGAUUCAGAUAGUGGAAUCUCUCCAGGCAGGAUAUCCUACGCCUCCUCCAAGAGCUCCUCAAUUUCAGAUGACAGCUACGGCUGUCUGGCCUGGAACAUACCUGCCCUGGAGCUCAUGGCCCUUUAUGUAGCAGCUGCAAUGCACGACUAUGACCAUCCUGGUCGCACAAAUGCCUUUCUAGUAGCCACUAAUGCACCUCAGGCGGUGCUGUACAACGACCGCUCGGUGCUGGAGAACCACCACGCUGCGUCUGCCUGGAGCCUCUACCUGUCCCGGCCCGAGUUCAACUUCCUGGUCAACCUGGAUCAUGUGGAGUUCAAGCGUUUUCGCUUCCUCGUAAUCGAAGCUAUACUGGCCACAGACCUCAAGAAGCACUUUGACUUCCUGGCUGAGUUCAACUCCAAAGUGAACGAUGUGAACAGUCCAGGAAUUGAUUGGACCAAUGAGAACGACAGACUGCUGGUGUGCCAAGUGUGUAUCAAGCUGGCAGACAUCAACGGGCCGGCCAAAGUCCGUGACUUGCACCUCAAGUGGACAGAAGGCAUCGUCAAUGAGUUUUAUGAGCAGGGAGAUGAGGAGGCCAGGUUGGGAUUACCCAUCAGCCCCUUCAUGGACCGCUCAUCCCCUCAGCUGGCCAAGCUACAGGAGUCCUUCAUCACCCACAUCGUAGGGCCGCUUUGUAACUCCUACGAUGCUGCUGGCCUACUUCCUGGCCACUGGAUCAAUGAAGCGGGAUCAGAUGAAGACGAUGAGGAGGGGCAGGUGGACAUAGACACGGAUGAAGAUGAGGACGAGGAGGAUGAGCUUGAAGAUGAGCUGGCACCAAGAAGGAGGAAAAGCCGCCGCCGGUUGUUCUGCAGCAUCAUGCAGCACCUGACGGAGAACCACAAGGUGUGGAAGAAGAUCAUCGAGGAGGAGGACAAGAGCAAAGAGCUCGGCAAACAGCUGCCGGCAGACAGCUUGCCCACCUCCCCGUCAGAUGACAUCCAGGUGAUCCAGGAGGAGGAGGAGGGAGAGGAGCGUCAGUAGCAGGACACAGGGAAAGAACAGAGGUGUGUGAAAAAGAUAAGGAGAGGCAGCAGAAGGACACGAGUCCCUCGACCACCUGCCUUUCACUGACAAACAGUUGACAAAUGCACAUAAAACACACUUUGCUCCCUCACGCACACACACACACACACACACACACACACACACACACACACACACACAAUACAAACACACACAUAUUGAAAGAUUCACUGUGCAGACACUCAGAUGCUUAAGCAGUCACGUUGUUUUUGGAGAAACAAAAAGGCCUUACUACUGUGAGCGGAUCCUUACUGCAACGGUGGGGGCCCAACUCCUAUGCACUUUCACCCCAUGGAGAGUCAAGUGCACCCAGAAAAACAAGCACCAGAACUGAGGAGGAAGGUGCAGAAGAAGAAGAAGAAGAAGAGUGUGGACGGGGUCCAGCAUUAACUUGCCCUCCAUGGUAACCUGGCUGUGAUGCUGCCUUGAAUGCAAAGCGCUUAACACCUCCCUUAGGUACAAAACAAUUUCUGUAUAUUUAAAAAAAAAAAAAACAAAAAAAAAAGGUAGAGGAAAAGUACUGACGCAAGUGACAUCAUGAAAUGAUUGAUACCCUUUACCAAAGUGAACAGUUCAUACAUGGAAAGACAAGAGACUGAAACAGUUUCAGCCUCAAUGUCAGGUAUAUUUUUGAAUUAUAUAUAUAUAUAUAUACAUAUAUAUAUCAAAUGAUGUGCCUGUCUGAACCUUUACUAAGUCCAUAUUGGCCCAGAGCCUAGGCUUGUGUAGUUCUCUCUCCUUGCUGGCGACACGAAACACUGUAUCAGACUCAGUCACAGAGACAUUAUUGAAAUGUUGACUGAUUAAUAGCAUUAUAUCUGCAUCAUUUUUGAUGCUUUUACUCAUGUGUACCACCCGUCUUUUUUUUUUUUUUAAAUUCUUUAACUCUCCGUUCUUUAUUUUGUUUGAGUGUGUGAAUAUUUUUGGCAGGAAUGUGAUAGAGAGAAUGAGUAGGGAGAAAGAGAGCACAUUUUUAAUUAUUUUAGUAUGUAAUUUGUGUGUAUGUUUGUGUGUCCUUUUUAGUAAUGGUUGGUUUCUAAUCAGUGAAAUGUCCUCUGAUGUUUAACAUGUCGCAUUCAGAUCAGGAGUGCUGUUUCAAUGAAUGGAUUCUUCAUUUUUCCUUUUUUUGAUUCUAAGUAUUUUUUUAAAGGUUACUCAGGAUUCACGCAAAGUUGAAUAAUUAUUUUGCAAGAAUUUAUGUCAUUAAUAUGAAAUACACUUUAAAAAACGAAGAAAAUUAAAAAUCUGGGUGACUGAAGUAGUUUGUAAUCUCUUAAUGAACAACGUGACGACACAAAUUCAAGCAAUUGAAAUCCUCUGUGACAGAGGAGCAUACAGUAUGUGCUGUCUCUUGGCCAUUCAUACACUGUUUGCAUAACCUUUUUACAACCUCACUGGCAAAAAAGCUCAUAGAUUGUCAGCAGACUGCAAACGUCUCUCCUGCAGCGACACAACAUAAUUGUACAAUUCUGCAGUUCUAUAACAGUACAUUAGGCUGUUGUUUUUUUCUUUAAAUUCAGUGUUCUCUGCAUUGUUUUGUAAAGCAUCAGUCUAAAUUCACAUGAGAUAAACUGAAUCCUCAUCCAACCUUCAUUUUUCUCUUCUUAAAAGAUUUUUGUCACAACCCACAACUCGGCCAGUGUCUCAAGAAGGGAUCCAGGGUUUCAUGUCACUUUGGUUUUGUUUCUCUAUAUAUAAAUAUAUAUUUUAUGACAUGCCACGAGGCAGGUUACAAAACUACUAGUUCUCUAAUUUUGUCUCUAAGUACUCUUGGCAUUCCACUAGAAUAAGACGUUUUAUCAAAGGGAAGGCACAGUUGUCGCCUGGCUCCUUAUUAAAUCCUAACCUCUGGAGAAAAAUGUUAAGUAAGCAGUGUAAACCGAGAUAGUAAUAUUUAAAGACAAAAAAACUAGACACAGAUGUGCACAUUUUAAUACCAAACAAGUGUUUAGCCGCUGUACAAAAGAGUAUGUGCAUAUAAAUAUAUAUUUUUUAAAUAAUCAAAUGAAUGCAUCUGUUUUCUACACACAGCUGACAUAUUGUACAUUGCGAUCCUGUAAUUUACCUUUUGUGUUUCCAGAGUUUUUAUCGACUUCUAUUUACAGGUGUGGAACUGUGGGGCUUGGUGUUUUUGAUUUGGAUUUUUCCACUUGGUUUCAGUCUCUCCUAUUUUCUGUAUCAUAACCACUCUUGUAUCCCUCACUAUCUCUCUCUAUCACUGUCGUAUCACUUGACCCAACUAGUGCCAAACUUUACCUGCAUACUGUAAUUUGUGGGCCCUGUUAUGCUGAUUGGCAAAUAUUUCUCUGGGCUCCAGUACUGUUCAUGCAACAGAAACAGUCAAAUAUCCCUCCAGGAUCAAGUGACAACAACAAGAGUCAGAGUUGGACUCGGGUUAGGGCCGUAUACACGUUCUGACAAAUCUGUCAUCAGUUUUUGUUUUCACAUGGACCCAUGCUGGAUCAUAAAGCCUCGGUAGCUCCUGAACCGGACAUAUUCUGGCUCAUUAAGUUGUAAAAGUGUGUUCGCUUCUCACUGUGCAGUCCUUCGAACCACAGUGUCCUCUGAUGAUUGUGCCAUAAAUACAUCUAUGAAUGGUUGUUACCCUUAUGCAGCAUCAAUAUACGUAUGUUUGUCUAAUGUAACCAUUCACCCUUAUCUACAUUGUGGGGGCAACAGAUUUUUGUUGUUAUUUAUAGCUGUCAUAAAACACCAUCCCUUAAGUAUGA